AUGGCUUCUACAAAACGACAACAAAAUUUAUGUACAAUAUGUGGUGCAAUGGUUGGUGUUUUCAUAUGUCGUGGAUGCACAAAAAAUUAUUGUUUACUUCAUACAAGUGAACAUCGAGAUCUUCUUCAAAGAUCUAUGAAUGAAAUAAAUCAUAAUUGUGAUCUUUUAAAAGAUAAUAUUCAAGGACAACAAGCAUAUGAAUAUCAAAGGUUAAUUAUGGAACAAAUUGAACAAUGGGAACAACAAUCGAUAGAAAAAAUUCGUCGAUUAGCUGAUGAUACUCGACAACAAAUAUCAAUUAUUAUACGAGAUCAUUCAAGUAAUCUCAAAGAAAAACUAGAAGAAUUACAACAACAAUUAGAAACAGCUCGUCAAGAUGGUGGUUUUUAUGAAGAUGAUUUAAGAGAAUGGACAGAAAGACUUGAUGAAUUACAACGUCUUCUUACUCAACAUAAAACAUUUAAAAUUAAUGAAAUUACUGAUUCAACUUCAUUUAUUUCAAGAAUUUCAAUAGCAGAUGUAUCGAAUGUGACGUUUCGAAAGAAUUUUUCAUCGAAAAAUUAUGAUGAAGAUAAUAUUCCAAAUAAAUUUGAUGAUUAUUCAGAUAAUUACAAUCAAAAUCUAUAUUCAUCAGGAAAACAUUUACUUCGAUUUAAAAUUCAUCAAUAUGAACCGGGUAGUUCAAUUGUAUUUGGUAUUAUAUCAAAACGUAAAUCUAUUAGUUCAUUCGUAUGUGAAAAUCCAACAUUUUAUGGAUGGACAGAAGAUAAUAUUGUUUAUCUUGGUGGUAAUGAACAACCAAAUUAUCAUGGAUAUAAAAGUGAUUUUCAAACGGGUGAUAUAUAUCAAUUGACUAUUGAUUGUGAACGAAAAAAGAUUCGAUUGAAAAAUGAACGAACAGGUAUGUCAUUUGAAUUGGACGUUGACACUACGAAAUGCUCAUUUCCAUGGCAACCUAGUGUUCGUAUUAUUAUUAAGAAUCCUGAAUGA